AUGCUGCAUACAAAACGUUCAGAGUCCGACAUGGGGCGAACGGCCUCACGCUCCCGGAGUAACAGCAUGUCGAGCGAUUCGCAUCCUCGCAUUCACAUGACCCCGCCAGCAGCGAAUCCUCCGCCGUCCUUCAUUGCACCUUCGUCCGCCGCUCAGAUCGUCACCGCUGACCAAGAAUUCAAUACUGCGGACUUCGUGGCGGAAGAUGGCGGUGAUUCGGAUGCCAAAGCGAUUGUUACCCCCGAAGCUCUUUCAGCUCUGAAUGGAUUCCUGGACCAUCUUCUCUUCAAUAUUCUGGCGGCUGCGAAGUCAACGCAACUAGCAUGUAUUCGACCUGCGGUGGCGGAUGUGUUAAAACCGCGACUCGCAAACCAAGUGGUCUCUGCGGCAGAUGAGGAGUUGAACGAAUAUAUGGGUGGUCCGGAGGAUGAGCAGUUCCAGUUCGGUCGGGGGAUGUCUCAAAACGAUGAUUUCGACCUGGUCCGAUCCUGGAAAUUGACUCGCUUGCGCUGUAUGGUCUAUACCCGGCUGGGAGAUAUGGAAGAAGAUGACGAGGAGGAGUAUAUCGCACAGAAUGGGUUGGAUGAUGACGGUAGUCUCUCGCCGAGGUUUUCUACGCAUGUAGGAAAUAUUACGCCGCCGGCUGCCAUCUUCCUGACCUCCAUCAUCGAGCAUAUUGGUGAACAGGCCUUGGUGAUAGCGGGCGAAACAGCUCGGUCACGACUAUCCGUCAAACCGAGUGAGGGUCCCGAGGAGGCAGAGCCUGGCGCAGAACGAGGCACCAUCAACCGGUUAGUCGUGGAGGACCUGGAUAUGGAGAAAUUAGCAUUGAACCCAACCAUGGGUCGUCUUUGGCGCACGUGGCGCAGGUACACUCGGUCCCCUAUGAUGUCCCGAGCGGUUUCUCGAGAGUCUAUCCGACGCCGUUCAACAAUUGGUCCUUCAUCGUGUCGGAAGAACAGUAUGGUUACCGGGGAUGAGCUGCCACAAAGACCGAUCAUCGAGAUCCCGAAAGAGGUUGACCCGGCUUCUGUUGCACUCCCAAUUGGCGACCACGAUGUUGAAGAGAUCGAAGGUUUCACGUCUGAUGGUGAAGGUGCUGAGGUCGUCCAGACCAUGCAGGCAGUAGUGGCUCACAAAGUGCGACCCCAUAGCCUGAUGGUGCUGACCCUGCCAUCACCAAGAUCUCCCACAUCCCCUAUCACCCCACUGAGCGCAAAGUUCAGUCGUCAUGUCCGCGCGAAGUCGUUGCCCGAUAGUACCCCUCAGGAGCCGGUAGACGCUGACCAAACUGCCGACCAGCCAUCGCCCACCGCAUCCGACGAACAAAAGCCACUGGAAACCAUGUACGAACACGAUGAGGAUGAUGAGGUUCCCAAGGCCAAAGUUGAGCCAAAGGCAUCAGAGGCAGAUGAUCUACCGAAGGAAUCGCUGGAGCAGGAUAGGAUGGCUACGUCGUCACAAUCUGCCGUGUCGGUGGGGGUAGAGUCGAGUCAAGCCAGUAGUACUUCGGGUUCGUCAACGUCUCUGAGCGAUCGUCUCCAGACCGAUUCCGAUACGGAGGUGAUUGAAGGACAGGGAAUGUGUGAAAAACCCAAAUUGGCUCCGAUACAGCGACCGAAGCGUAUCAGUAGCCGGGACACAGAUCGCGAAAAUGACAGGUCGACUACCACCCGAGUGAUCAGCGAACAAACGAUACCAACAGUGGUCGAUGAUCCGUCACAAACGCAAGGGGACGACUCCACCCCGGCGCAGCCUGCCAUCAGUCACGAUGUUUCAAAGAAUUCUGAUACGAAAACAGCUUCGACAGAGUUAUCGGUCCCUCAGACUCGGACUUCGACUGACCUGGAAGAGAAGAUCUCUCGCCCGCCUUCCACUUCUGAAGAAAGUGUUUAUUCUGACCGUUCGCGGACUCGACCUAGACCAAGCCCCUUGGUGGGUAUAAGUCAACAUCGUUACGGCCGUUCAAGUUCAGGGGUAUCCUCGAUAAGUUCGGUGACUGAACGUGCAGCGGUUCAGCGUGUCGUCCGACCGACCACUUCAGCAGCCUCUUCCGUCUAUUCCAGAUCGCGUCGCUCCGACAGUUUUAGUAGCCAACGUGAGAAACGCCCAGUAACUGCAGGGUCGACCACUUCUCAGGUUUCAAGCAGGCUGAAAGGUCUCAUUGGUCUUCAGGGGGAUUCUGUUUCACUUCGCCUGCGCAACUCCUGCGAGACUAAUCCAUUCGCUGGUGAGCCGUAUGACGACACGACCGGCUUGGACGAAUUGAUCCGCAGCGAGGAAACUCUCCAUUAUACCCUAACCCCGAAAAAUAUGCGGGAAAUUGAAGAACCUGACUCACCCCGCUGGAGAGUCAAGUCGAGCACUGCGGACCUUGCUGAGUUCUUGAAGAAUAGCGCCCCUCCCGGGGAGGAAGUUCCACGUCCUAGCACCUCUCACACGUCUUCCAGGGGAACUAUUAGCACACCCAAAUACAAAGCUAUUGAGAUACCCUCGACUGCACUUUCGCAACAGACAUCAAACCCGGAACAAGCUGCCGACCGGAAACCAAAUAUUAGGUCGUCCAGUGAUUACGAUCACUCUACUAAGUCGCCCGGCCCAGGCAGUCCCCUCAGUACCCCACGAUCCCCGUCGAGCACAGUUCGCAGUGGCCCUAAGAUGGAGGCCCGUUCAGCAGUUAGUUCAAAAGCGGAUCAAGACCGGACAACCGAGUUGAUCGACUUCAUUCGUGAAGGUCCACCUACUGCAGGGGCACGCCGCAUUCCACGUGCGGUUGCACCGUUCCGGGACACCAUGGAUUCAGACGAGUUGAACUCGCUGGAAACUGGCCACUCCGAAAACAAUGCGCCAUCGGUAUCUAGCACGCAAGACGGAUCAAUGCUGACUUCCGUCGGGUCUCGCACAGGGCUACUGGAGACGGGCAACCGAACUACCGUGCACCCAGCUGCUGCUCAGCACAUCCAAGCAACUCCAGUGGACGACCCUCGUCCUGUGCGGAAACAACGUAGGGUGCCAGAUCCCUACGCCAUUGACUCAGAUGACGAUGAGGACCUUGACGAGCUCUUGGACGGCCCGAAGCCCAAGCGAGAGGAGGAAAGCUUGCUAGAUUUUUUGCGCAACGUUCCUCCUCCGGAGUCGGAGCCCACUCCGCAGCCACUGGCGGUCAACACAAUGCCCUCCAAGAGCUCAUCCGGUGCGUUUGGAAUGAAGGCGCGACUUCUUCGCAAUGCAUCGGGGGACAAGGUGCCAACUACGAAACUAUCAAAGGCUUCUUUCCAUCAACAGCAGGACAGCUAUGCUACAGCGCAAUCUAACUAUUCAGCUAAAGUUGGCGCCGAGAGGAGCAGAGGCGCAAUGUAUGGAACUAGCGGCCUUCCCUCCGUCACAGACCGGCAAACAGAGACUAGUGCCCUGGCUGAAUUCCUCAGGUCGACGGGACCUCCUGAGCCUCCUGCACCUCGAGUGUCCUCAUCACUGGCUUCGAAGGGUAGAGAAUCCGGUGUGAAUAGCCUCUCUCGCCUUUUCGGGCGCCGGAAGAAACUCGAGGUCUAG